AGCGCUUAGGCAGGCAUAGUCCUGUAAGCCGAUAGUGCCACCGGCCUUAACCAAAUGAAAAGAAAGGAAAUUGUCCCAUAUGUAUUUGCUGUGGAUCCAUGGGUUGGCUUUUCUGUGACAGAGGAAGCCUGUCUGUUUCUUUGGGGUCUUGCACAUGCAUGGGAAAUGCCAUUCUAACGUGCCGCUUGCUUCUAAGGAACGAAUGCAGGAAUUUGGGAACUGAGCAGUGCAAGUGCUGAAGAAGGAGAUUUGUUUGGAGGAAACAGGAAGGAGAAAGAAAAGGAAGGAAAAAAUACAUAAUUUCAGGGACGAGAGAGAGAAGAAAAACGGGGACUAUGGGGAGAAAAAAGAUUCAGAUUACGAGGAUUAUGGAUGAACGUAACAGACAGGUGACAUUUACAAAGAGGAAAUUUGGGUUGAUGAAGAAAGCAUACGAGCUGAGCGUGCUCUGUGACUGUGAGAUCGCGCUGAUCAUCUUCAACAGCACCAACAAACUGUUCCAGUAUGCGAGCACCGACAUGGACAAGGUGCUGCUCAAGUACACGGAGUACAACGAGCCGCACGAGAGCCGGACAAACUCAGACAUCGUGGAGACGUUGAGAAAGAAGGGCCUUAAUGGCUGUGACAGCCCAGAUCCCGAUGCAGACGAUUCAGUAGGUCACAGCCCUGAGUCUGAGGACAAGUACAGGAAAAUUAACGAAGAUAUUGAUCUAAUGAUCAGCAGGCAAAGAUUGUGUGCUGUUCCCCCUCCCAACUUUGAGAUGCCAGUCUCCAUCCCGGUGUCCAGCCACAACAGUUUGGUAUACAGCAACCCCGUCAGCUCACUGGGAAACCCCAACCUUUUGCCGCUGGCCCACCCUUCUCUGCAGAGAAACAGUAUGUCUCCUGGUGUGACACAUCGACCUCCAAGUGCAGGUAACACAGGUGGUCUGAUGGGUGGAGACCUCACAUCCGGUGCAGGCACCAGUGCAGGGAACGGAUAUGGCAAUCCCCGAAACUCACCAGGUCUGCUGGUCUCACCUGGUAACUUGAACAAGAAUAUGCAAGCAAAAUCUCCUCCCCCCAUGAAUUUAGGGAUGAAUAACCGUAAACCAGAUCUCCGAGUUCUUAUUCCACCAGGCAGCAAGAAUACGAUGCCAUCAGUGAAUCAAAGGAUAAAUAACUCCCAGUCUGCUCAGUCAUUGGCUACCCCAGUGGUUUCCGUAGCAACUCCUACUUUACCAGGACAGGGGAUGGGAGGAUAUCCAUCAGCCAUUUCAACAACAUAUGGUACCGAGUACUCUCUGAGUAGUGCAGACCUGUCAUCUCUGUCUGGGUUUAACACCGCCAGCGCUCUUCAUCUUGGGUCAGUAACUGGCUGGCAACAGCAACACCUACAUAACAUGCCGCCAUCGGCCCUCAGUCAGCUGGGAGACCGUACCACCACCCCUUCGAGAUACCCACAACACACGCGCCACGAGGCGGGGAGAUCUCCUGUUGACAGCUUGAGCAGCUGUAGCAGUUCCUACGACGGGAGCGACCGAGAGGAUCACCGGAAUGAAUUCCACUCCCCCAUUGGACUCACCAGACCUUCGCCGGACGAAAGGGAAAGUCCCUCAGUCAAGCGCAUGCGACUCUCUGAAGGAUGGGCAACAUGAUCAGAUUAUUACUUAAUAGUUUUUUUUUUUUCUUGCAGUGUGUGUGUGUGCUAUACCUUAAUGGGGAAGGGGGGUCGAUAUGCAUUAUAUGUGCUGUGUGUGGAAAAAAAAAAAAGUCAGGUACUCUGUUUUGUAAAAGUACUUUUAAAUUGCCUCAGUGAUACAGUAUAAAGAUAAACAGAAAUGCUGAGAUAAGCUUAGCACUUGAGUUGUACAACAGAACACUUGUACAAAAUAGAUUUUAAGGCUAACUUCUUUUCACUGUUGUGCUCCUUUGCAAAAUGUAUGUUACAAUAGAUAGUGUCAUGUUGCAGGUUCAACGUUAUUUACAUGUAAAUAGACAAAAGGAAACAUUUGCCAAAAGCGGCAGAUCUUUACUGAAAGAGAGAGCAGCUGUUAUGCAACAUAUAGAAAAAUGUAUAGAUGUUUUGGACAGACCCGGCAAAGGGUGGCCAUUGGUAAAUGUUAGGAACACACCAGGUCACCUAACAUCCUGAGAACGCGCUCACAAACCUGCACGCAUAUCAUUGGCGUAUGGCACUCAUUAAAAAGGAUCAACGACCAUUAAAAGAGGACCAUACCUAUUUAAAAAAAAAAAAAAUGUGGAGUUUGAGGGCUAACGUAUUUAAUUAAAUAAAUAAAUAAAUCUGGGUCUGCAUCUCUUAUUAAAUAAAAAUAUAAAAAUAUGUACAUUACAUUUUGCUUAUUUUCAUAUAAAAGGUAAGACAGAGUUUGCAAAGCAUUUGUGGCUUUUUGUAGUUUACUUAAGCCAAAAUGUGUUUUUUUCCCCCUUGAUAGCUUCGCUAAUAUUUUAAACAGUCCUGUAAAAAACCAAAAAGGACUUUUUGUAUAGAAAGCACUACCCUAAGCCAUGAGGAACUCCAUGCUUUGCUAACCAAGAUAACUGUUUUCUCUUUGUAGAAGUUUUGUUUUUGAAAUGUGUAUUUCUAAUUAUAUAAAAUAUUAAGAAUCUUUUAAAAAAUCUGUGAAAUUAACAUGCUUGUGUAUAGCUUUCUAAUAUAUAUAAUAUUAUGGUAAUAGCAGAAGUUUUGUUAUCUUAAUAGCGGGAGGGGGGUAUAUUUGUGCAGUUGCACAUUUGAGUAACUAUUUUCUUUCGGUUUUCUUUUACUCUGCAUACAUUUUAUAAGUUCAAGGUCAGCUGUCAAAGGAUAACCUGUGGGAUUAGAACAUAUCACAUUGCAACACCCUAAAUUGUUUUUAAUACAUUAGCAAUCUGUUGGGUCAACUGACAUCCAUUGUAUAUACUAAUGAGUUUCUUUCAUGCUAUUUUUUGUUUUUGUUUUUGCAUUAUUAUCAAAUGCAGGGCCCCUUUCUGACCUCACCAUUUCACCAUGCAUCUUGGAAUUCAGUAAGUGCAUACCCUAACUUGCCCGGAUCCUAAAUUAUCUGGUUGGUUUUCAGCCUAGAAUUUGAGACACUUUUUAGAAACAUGCCCAGAAUAGAGAAGCUAUGUUGGGGCACAAGUCCUGCAAAUAUGGCCCUAGAAACCAGUGAUAUGGCGUUUACUCAACGCACAAGUUAUAAAUUCCCACAGAAGAAAAAUGUGAAAGCCUGGGUGCUAGACAAGAAGGAAGCAGGUAAAGGGAUAGUUGCUUUGUCAACCAUUUUUAAUUAUUUUAACUGACCCUCAACAAUCUUGUCAGCAAUAUAGGCCUGUUGAACAAUCCCGGUGUGUCAGGACCCCCAAAUGUCACUUCUGCAUAAAGCAUGUAUGUCAUCUAUUUUUUUCUUCAAUAAAGAGAUUUAAUAGCCAUUUCAAGAAAUCCCAUUAAAGAACCUCUCUAUGUCCCUUUUUUUAAAUUUUUCAAAAAAUAACGAUGACUCUAGUCUAAUAUUCGUCUAUAAGGGAUUAAUUUUCAGACCCUUUAAAAAGUGAGUGCCAUAAAAAAAAAAAGUUGAUAUAUAUUGCUUAAAAGAGAUUUCAAUCUAGGAAUGAUUUUCCUUCUCUUGGAAUGUGAAGAUCUGUCGAUUCAUCUCCACUCAUGUGCAUUGACAUACACAGCAACGAAGAUCCAGACAGUAAGAUCGACACUGCUAUAGCACAUCUAGGACAUUUCUUAUCCAUCCUUUUCUUUCACUUGCAUAGUUGCUAUGUGUUUCUCACUGUAAAAGGCUGCCGCUGGGUGGCAAAAGCCAAGAGACCUUACUAACUAGGCUGUAUUUUCUUAACUUGAUCUGAAAUCCACAAUUAGACCACAUCGCACCUUUGGUUGUAUCCGUAUAGGAUGCUAGCCUGCCUUGUACGAACGUUUUAUAUACUAAAAACAAAACAAAAAAAAAUCUUUCAACCUUUCCAUAUAUCCCACUACUCAAGGUAUCCAUGGAACAUGAAAGAAAAUCAUUUAUGCAGAGGAAAAACAGAGAAUCAUCCUGAAAACAAACACACACACACACACACACACACACACACACAUAUACUUAUUCACACAGGGGAAAAUCUAAGAAAGUCAUUUUCCUCACCAUAGACUUGAUCCCAUCCUUACAACCAUCCUUAUAACUUGAUGUGUAUAAAAUAUGCAAACAUGUCACAAAUGUUCUUUGUCAUUUCAAAAUACUUUAUCAAUAUCAGCAGAAAUUUACCAGUGGGUGGGAAAGGGUCGUUAUGUGAAAAUAUGAAAAAAUAGCCAUAUUAAUUUUUUACCUGCAAUUUGCCUCAGCCACAGAGGAAAAGUGAAUUUAUAAUGCUGAAGAUAAAGUAAGCUAAAGUACCAGCAGAAGCCUUGGCUAUUUAUAGCAGUUCUGACAAUAGUUUUAUAAGAACAUGAAAAGAACAGAAUCACUUGAAAAUGGAUGCCAGUCAUCUCUUGUUCCCACUACUGAAUUCAUAUAGUGGUAGCAAGAUAGGCGAAGGGAUAAUCUGAGAAUUUUUUAAGAUGAUUUAAUGAGAAAAAGCACAAUUUUGAUUGUGAUGAGUCACUUUCUGUAAACAAUCACUGUCUAUCUUUACCCUUCUACCUUAUCUGUAAUUUACCAUUUGUUGUAUUUGCAAAGCUAGUAUGGUUUUGGGUUUUUAUCGCAGUAAAUCCUUUGUAUUCAGGAGUUUAGGGCAGAGCCCUGAGGGAGUAUGAUUUUACAUAACCCAUCCUAGAGUAACGUUGUAGGCAACAUUCUUCAUUGCAAGUAAAAGAACCCUAAGUAGCAUUUUACACAGCUACAAAUAUUGUUAUAGCUGAUCCUAUUUUAAAAGAUUUUUGGUAAUAUUAAGCUUAAAUACUGGUAACACUGAUGCAAUAUAGGGAGGCUGCACACCCUGUAUAUUGUAUGCAUUGGUGAGUGGAGGGCUGUUUAUUUCAACCUUUUUUAAAAUUGUGUUUUUUAGUAAAAUGGCUUAUUUUUUUCCCAAAGGUGGAAUUUAGCAUUUUGUAAUGAUGAAUAUGAAAAUACCUAUCAUCCUCAGAUCAUUUUAAGGUUGACUAAAAGUGAGAAAGAAAAGAAUUCCAAUACACUUUUUUUAAAGAACGUCUGCCCUCUCACACUUUCGAUGUAUUCGUUUUUCUUACAUACCCAUCUUUUAAUUUAGAGCUAGCGUUUUUUGCCCCCGUUAUGCUUUUGUUUGUUUUUCCAGAGGGUAAAUGCUUUGUAAUUUCUUUCUUUAAAAAAAAAAAUUCUUUUUUAAAGAAGCAGCCACUUGAACCCUCAGUAAAGGCUGUUGCCUAAGCAUGGCAUACUUCAUCUGUUCCCAUUUGUGCCAUCUGCUGUGAUGGCGUCAAUUUCCUGCCACCACAGAUCUUUGGAAGAUUGAUGGAAUACUGGUGUCUGUUAGAAUGCUUCAGACUCAGACUACAGAUGUAAUUAAAGGCUUUUCUUAGUAUGUUUUAACCAAAGAUGUGGAGCAAUCCAAGCCACAUAUCUUCUACAUUCAAUCUGUCCAUUUUGGUUUUUUUCAUAAUCGGGUAUUGCAUCUUGCCUUCCCUAGUCAUACCUCAAAUUGAUUCAUACCUCAGUUUAAUUCAGAGAGGUCAGCUAAGUGAUGGAUUCUGUUGUGGUCUGAAUGCAGUACCAGUGUUCUCUCGCAGACCCGGGUCACUGUAGGCAUAGGACUUGGAUUGCUUCAGAUGGUUUGCUGUAUCAUUUUUCUUCUUUUUCUUUUUCUGGGGACUUGUUUCCAUUACAUGACAGUAAUUAAAAUAGCUUGUAAAUGAGGGCAUACAAGCAUUUGCAACAAAUAUUCAAAUAGAGGCUCACAGCGGCAUAAGCUGGACUUUGUCGCCACUAGAUGACAAGAUGUUAUAACUAAGUUAAACCACAUCUGUGUAUCUCAAGGGACUUCAUUCAGCUGUCUGUAGUGAAUAAAAGUGGGGAAUUUUCAAAAGUUUCUCCUGCUGGAAAUAAGGUAUAAUUUGUAUUUUGCAGACAAUUCAGUAAAGUUACUGGCUUUCUUAGU